GAGUGGAAGAGAGAACAACUAGAAUCCCUUCGUCUGUCAUCGCAUAUAAAACAAAUAUUUGUCACUCCGCGACGAUCGAGAGGAAAGUACCAUCUUCUUGACUUUGGAAAUCCAAGUUCCUGGCAGUUUUCAUCCGAUCAUUACGAGACAACCCACGCGGCUCUGGAGAAAAAGAGAGAGAAAGAGAUGUUCGAUCAACGUAUCUCUUCGGCGCGAGAGAUUCGUCGAGGAAUAUAUAAUGGACCCGGAACAUGCGAUAUAUCCAGAAGAAGCACGAAAUUGAAGAGAUUUCUGCCAGUCGUCUCUUGGCAAAGCGACCACGUGACAAAGAACAUGUCAGGGAAUUAUACUUGUUCGACGGACUACUCAAUUUCCUGUCUGCGAAAUGACUCGGCGGAUUCGAUUCUUUCAGGUCGAAGCCAAUCUGAGGGCAUCCAGCUCCGCUCGUGUUCGAUCGGCCAGAGCCGCAACGACUACGUCUUUCGAUGGUUUACCCUGCUACGACGACACAGAAUAUUGGCUGGAGAACUCCGCAGGAUGACAAUACAACCCUCGAUCGUGACACACUCGGCGCACAAAUCCCACGAUUGAUUAUUUAUUCCGGGCCGCAUUCUCCAAAUCUAAGUUUCACACUCGACGUGAGAUUGACCCCGCGUGCUUGACCCCCGUGGCAAGAUAUACAGAAGGGAUUACCGGUCCCGAGGUCCUGCCGGGCCAAAGUGACUCCGCAUUCGUCGAGGAUCGUUCGUCGACGUCUGUCCCGAAUUCUUCGGCUCGUGGAAACAUCAUCAAACGGAUUACCUCAGCGUAUCACUUUAAAUGACGUGGAAAUGGAAAAGAAAUGUGACGCGAAAAAUUUGAAAUUAUUUAUUCCGUUUGUGGAUAAAUGAAAAAUAAUAAAUCUUAUUAUAUCGUACGAGAUUGAAUUCUUAAGAAACGUUGCUUACGUAUCAUCAAGAACAGCUGAGCCAGCUGUACGCAAUCUGGGUUUACUAAUGGGUUAACUUUAUUAAUAAAGCUACCAUCACCACAUAACAUCACAGAAACUAUUUGUGUCAGAUGCGUAAGCUUCGUCCAGAAAAAAAUCGAGAAUAAUUCCGGAAAUUUUUAUCGCUAGAAUGAAUAAUCAGUAUAUAAAUAAUAAAUACCUGUAUGUAUUACAUUGUAUAAUAAUAAAAAUAACUGCGUAUGUGUGUGUGUGCGUAUAAAAUGUAGUGUAAGAGCGAAAGCGAAUCCAUUUUUACUUGCGAUGCAUAUUAUAAGGUCAUAUUAUUUUUAGUAUUUGAGAAUAAUUACUAAUUAGUGUUCAUUGCAUAUUGCAAUACUCGAUAUAUGUACAUAUGUAAUAAAAUGUGCGUAUUAUUAUAUAAUAAUAUAAUGUCUGUGAGUGUGAGUGUGAGUGUGAGUGCGCAAAAUGUAAUUAUAACAGCGCGAGCGAUUGUGUCCGAUAACUGAUAUAUGUAUAUACGUAAUAAAGUGUCGAUAUUAUUAUUGUAUAAUAAUACAAGUUAUUGUAUAAUAAUACAAAUUAUUGUAUAAUUCAAAUAGUACAAAUGAUUGAUUGAAAUACCGACGCAAAAUAGAAAAGAAUUAUGUACAUCGACUGUAUUUUUAUAUAUA